AUGUUCACCCUUGCGCCUCCGCAGGGCGGCCUAGGCUACUCGUUCAAGCAAACUCCCACAGCUGCUCCAUCAGGCGAGAGGCAACACGGUUUCUAUCCUUACACCGACAACGGCGGUUCAACACUAGGCAUCUCAGGCGCCGACUUCGCUAUCCUCGCUGGCGACACACGUUCCACCUCCGGCUAUAAUAUCAACACACGAUAUGCACCCAAGCUCUUCAAGAUCGGUGGAGAGGGGCCGGACAACAAGGGUGCUCAGAUAGUACUCUCAGUAGUCGGCUUUGCAGCAGACGGUGAUGCGCUGAAGGAACGCCUCGAUACUAUUGUCAAGAUGUACAAAUACCAACACGGAAAGCCUAUGAGCGUUUCUGCCUGCGCACAACGACUCAGCCACAUCCUCUACAAUAAGCGAUUCUUCCCGUACUACGUGCACGCUAUCUUGGGUGGUCUGGAUGAGGAGGGUAAGGGCGCACUGUACUCAUAUGACCCGGUCGGCAGCUACGAGAGGGAACAGUGUAGGGCGGCUGGUGCAGCGGCAUCACUCAUCAUGCCUUUCCUGGACAACCAGGUCAACUUCAAGAACAUGUACGAGCCGGGCAGCGGAACGGGACACGAGCUGAAGUCGGUACAAGCGCAGCCGCUACCACAAGACCAUGUCGAGGACCUAGUGCGAGAUGCGUUCACGAGUGCGGUCGAGAGGCAUAUCGAGGUUGGUGACGGACUGCAGAUGAUGAUCAUCACGAAGGAGGGCAUACAAGAGACAUUCACAGAGCUCAAGAGGGACUAA